AUGAAUGUCUCAUAUGAUGAGCUCAGGAGAGCUACUGAUAGUUUCACUUCUAUAAACCUUCUCGGCGUUGGAAGCUUUGGAUCAGUAUUCAAAGGGGUGAUACGAGGGGUUGAUGUUGCAGUAAAAGUCAUCGAUCUCAAAGCUCACGGAUACUAUAAAGGCUUUAUCGCAGAGUGUGAGGCUUUGAGGAGCGUAAGGCACAGGAAUCUUGUGAAACUAAUAACUUCUUGCUCAAACAUAGACUUCAAAAACACAGAGUUUCUAGCUUUGGUGUAUGAGUUUUUGAGCAAUGGGAGCUUAGAAGAAUGGAUCAAAGGCAGGAAGGUAAACUCUGAUGGGAGUGUUGGUUUAAGUCUUGAAGAAAGAGUAAAUGUAGCCAUUGACAUUGCAUAUGCGUUGGAUUAUUUGCACAAUGAUUGUGAGGUUCCUGUUGUUCAUUGUGAUCUGAAACCAAGCAAUAUUCUUCUAAACGAAGAAAUGGUUGCAAAGGUUGGAGACUUCAGACUGGCUCGUGUGUUAUUCAAUGCAUCUGAUGAUGGUCGCCAUGCUUCUAUAAGUUCCACGCACGUCUUGAAAGGCUCCAUUGGUUAUGUUCCUCCAGAGUAUGGACUUGGAGAAAAGCCAUCACGAGCAGGAGAUGUGUAUAGCUUUGGAGUGAUGUUGUUAGAGCUUUUUAGUGGGAAAAGCCCAAUGGACGAGAGCUUCCAAGGAGAUCAAAGUUUGGUGAAAUGGAUAAGUCAUGGGUUUCAAAAUAAUGCAAUUGUGGAAGUGAUUGACCCUAGAUUUAAAGGGCUCAUGGACGAUAUUUGUGGUGCACAACUUCCCACAAAAAUUGAUUGCCUCAACAAAAUUGUGGAAGUUGGUUUGGCUUGCACUGCGUAUGCAGCUGGUGAACGGAUGAACAUGAGGGAUGUGCUACGCAUCUUGAUCAACAAAGCAGCGGAAGAGAAUAAGUUUGGCUAUCAUCCCCGAUGCCACAACCUCCUCUUAACACAUUUGUGUUUUGCAGACGACCUCAUGGUCUUUGCAGAAGGCACCAAACGAUCAGUCGAAGGAGUCAUAUCUAUCUUCGAUGAGUUUGCCAAGAUUUCAGGUCUGAAAAUUAGUCUCGAGAAAUCUACUUUAUAUAUGGCUGGAAUAUCAGAGCAAGUGCAGGAAGAGAUCAGAGGAAAUUUCCCAUUUGCAGAGGGNGAUAUGAUCAUAAAGGAGUAUCCUUGA